AUGGGAGGACACGAGAAUAUGAUAACGAGAAGAGGACAAUUAAAAGCGUCGAUAACGAGAUUUUCGAAUUAUCUACAAUCACAAAAUAUCGAUUCGACUGAAGUAAAGGCUCGACGUGAAAAAAUUGAAGACGUAUGGGCCGAAUAUGAACAGGUGCAAUCAGCCAUAGAAAUGGAAGAGGGUAGCAACAUAGAAACACAAAAUAGAUAUAGAGCGGAGUUCGAAGACUUAUACUUCAAAACUAUUGCAAUAGCAGAGAAAUGUGUAAUAGCAGCAAGCUCGGUGGUUUCACAAGACGAAAAUACAAAUAAAAACACGAACACCGAUAUACCGAACGCGUGUAUGAAUAAAGUAUUGUCAUCAGUUAAGUUGUCAUCGUUAAGCGUACCGGUAUUUACCGGCAAUUAUCAAGAAUGGGCAUCAUUUUAUGAUAUAUUUUCGGCGUUAAUUGAUAACAAUGCAUCAUUAACGGCAAUAGAAAAAUUUUUUUAUUUGCGAGAAUCGUUAUCAGGCGAGGCGCUAAGCUCAAUUAAAUGCUUAGAAACGACGGGUAAUAAUUAUAUCAUAGCAUGGCAAUCACUAAUAACGCGUUAUAAUAAUAAAAGGGUACUGGUUCAAACGCAUGUAAAGGCGAUAUAUGAUCUAGAAACGGUGGGCGGUGAUUCGGCGAAACGGUUAAGGCAGUUUACAGAUGCACUGAACGGACACAUGCGUGCGUUAGAGGCGCUGGGACAGGAACCCACAAAUUGGGGACCAUUAUUAAUGCACAUCAUUUUAAUAAAAUUGGAUAAAACCACAUUGAAGGAAUGGGAAGCGAGAGCGCCGUGUGCUGAAGUACCGAAAUUAUCCGAACUGAUAACAUUUUUAGAUUCAAGGUUUAAAAUAUUAGAAUCGAUCGAAACGGUAAAAAAUAUAAACAUCAAAGGUAGUGCGAUUACAACAAAUGAGAAAAAAUACAUCGAAAGAAGAGGAACGUCACAAUUAUUCGCGUCGACGUCAAAUUUAGAAUGUUAUGUUUGUAAAUCGGCACAUACAAUUUAUAAAUGUCCUAGAUUUUGUGAUUUGACUGUACCGGAGCGAAUAAAACGCGCAACGGACGCACAACACGCUGUUACACUUGCCAGGAGGAAAAAUACAGUAAUCGAAGGUAGUAAGGCAGUUCAAUCAACAGUUGCAAAUGUAUCGACAAGUGAAGUCAUUGAAGAAUCAACAUCGUUAAGCGCACACGCAUCGGUAAUACAAGACGACAAGGUAUUGCUGUCGACGGCGAUGGUAUCAUUGCGCAACGAAUCAGGGCAAUGGGUGCCGGGACGCGUAUUAUUAGAUUCUGGAUCCCAAAGUAAUUUGAUAACAGAGGAAAUGGUACAGCUAUUAAAAUUGAAAAAGAAACAUGUGAAACAUGAUUUAUGUGGAAUAGGUGGUAGUACACAAAAGGCGUCGUCAGCGGUGGUUGCAACAAUUGCGGCCGAAGAUAAAAAAUUUACAUUAACAGUAACGUGUUUAGUAGUGAAGCGUAUAACUAAUAAUUUGCCGUCAAAAUUAUUAAAUGACAAUAUCUUGAUUCCGCGUAAUAUCAAAUUAGCUGACCCAUGGUUCAAUACACCACGAAAAAUUGACUUGCUAAUUGGUGCUGGUUAUUUUACGAAUUAUUACGUACGGGACAACUGA